AUCCAACAGACUGGGGCGUUGAUUUACGACAGUUUACGACUGUCGCAUUUCAGUGUUUUCCUUUUUCUCAUUUACAGAGAAACGAGCACGCGGAUCGGGUAGUAACACUCUGUCUCACGAAAAAAAAAAAUGCUUACUCUGAGCAAGGAGAGCAAGCAGCGACUGCAGCAGCUUUUCCAGUGCGGACAGUUUGCUAUCCGCUGGGGUUUCAUCCCGACCAUUCUAUACUUGGGGUUUAAAAGAGGAGCUGAUCCAGGAAUGCCAGACCCAACUCUUUUAAGCUUGCUGUGGGGUUGAUUAUAUCUGAUUAAAGCAAGCAUAAUUUUUAGAAGAAAACUCUGACUGUGCCGAGUGAGCAAGCUUUAUGGAAAAUGAAGUUAUGUCCUUCUUGCUUUUGAAAAAUUAUGACUGCUGCAGAAUUUGUUUACAGUAAAUAUUUGAUACUUACAAGGGAAACUCAAAGCAUGUAUUUAUAAGUUGCACAUUAAACAUUGUAUCAAAUAGUACAUUGUGGUACUGUUUGACUUUAUUUAAUAAAUUGUCUAUGUGGCA